UUCUCUACACUUAACCAACUAACGCCACCAAUAUACCUACUUUGUGUUGCCUUUUGAAUAAAGUAUAAUAAUUCAAUAAAUAUUUUCUAAGGAGAUUUUUUACUCUCUUCAACAAUGAGAAUAACUCAUUUUUCUUUUUCUUUUAAUCUCUUUUAGUUCAUCAAACUAUUAACAUCACAGCUUAAACAGCUUAGGGCAUGAGAUUUUCUUCACCCUAUUUGCUAUUGGUCCUUGCACUUAAAGGAAAGAAAACAAAAGAAAAGAAAAGCCACAACUAAAGUUGCUGCUAGGUUGUUAAUGUUAAGGUCCAGCCACCUUCCUUUCUUUCAUUCUUUCAACUUCAAACUUGUGUUUAUAAGUAAAGAAUCUCUCUUAAUUGUUCAAGAGGAAGAAGAAGAAUGAGUACUGUCAGAUUCAUCAAGUGUGUUACAGUAGGGGAUGGUGCUGUUGGAAAAACCUGCAUGCUUAUAUCCUACACCAGCAAUACCUUUCCCACCUGCUAAUGUGGUGGUAGAUGGCAGCACUGUGAAUCUUGGUCUGUGGGAUACUGCUGGACAAGAAGAUUACAACAGGCUAAGGCCUUUGAGUUACAGAGGAGCUGAUGUGUUUCUUUUGUGUUUUUCUCUCAUCAGCAAAGCCAGUUAUGAGAAUGUUUCCAAAAAGUGGAUGCCUGAAUUGAGACAUUAUGCUCCAAAUGUGCCUGUUGUGCUGGUGGGAACAAAACUAGAUUUGCGAGAUGACAAACAAUUUCUGAUUGAUCAUCCUGGAUCCACACGAAUUACAACUUCUCAGGGUGAAGAGUUGAAGAAAAUGAUUGGUGCAGUAACUUAUAUUGAGUGCAGUUCUAAAACACAACAGAAUGUAAAAACAGUUUUUGAUGCUGCUAUAAAGGUUGCAUUGAGGCCACCAAAAGCAAAGAAGAGAGCACGCAGGAAAAAGACAUGCAAUUUCCUCUAAAUAUUUUCAUUCCAUUUUACUUUUUGUAACUGGCUUAAGUCACAAACAACAUUUAGUAGAGGAUUCUCAAUUCAAUCACUGUCACUAAUGUGAAAUAUCUUCACAUAAAGAUAAUAAUUAAGAUAUAAACAUUAAUUAUGUCCAACAUUUUAGUCAAACAAUUAUGAAAUGUGAUCUUUAGAUUUUAAUGCAGUAAGAUGCAUCCUAGCUAUUCAUUUAGAUUUCAGAGUGCUGUGACCCAAUUUAUUAGCAGUUAGGAUGCUACCCUUGAAACUACUUCUUCAUCGUAUUCCGUAGAUUCUUCCGAAUUACUAGCUGCUACAUUAAAUCCAAGCUUUGCCGUGACGUGAUGAUGAAUUGAUGAUAUGAGUAUUUCAAUUCCGCAAUUUCUGUAAAUUUCU